UAUCGGUCAUUCGGAAAAACAUUUAUUUCCAAAGAUUUAUUAUUUUCAGUGGCCAAUGAAAAUGUUUACGUCUUCCCGAGUCUAUUCUUAGGCCGAUUUGUUCCUUUUCCUAAUGAUAUUAUUAGCAACAAGUUUCGUCGGCGUCGGAUACUGCUUGAAUUAUGUAACCCAUUCUAAUUUGAGUGCGCCAGGUAGACUGAAACAUUGUUGGGAUCAGUUUAGUAUUUCAGUGAUCACAUUCCAAUAUACUGCCAACGUAGACGACGCCAAGGAUGAGGAACGUAUUUCGGAAGUCAGAUUCAGGUGUGAAAGCCGGCGACCUGAUAUUAACUGAGGAGCCGUUUGCUUAUGUCCUCUCUUCCAAAGAACGAGGAAGCCGAUGUGAUAACUGCUUAGAAAAAUGUAGACUCCUCAAAUGCUCCGGUUGCCAGUUUGUUUAUUACUGUGGAAAAGUUUGUCAAAUAGAAGCCUGGAAUGAUCAUAAGUGGGAAUGUGUAAACAUAAAGAGAGUGUCGCCCAAGGAAGUGCCAGACGCAGCGAGGAUACUUGCUAAAAUCAUCAAUCGUCUUAAGAGGGGAGAUGGGAUCUCCUACAAGGCUUACUACUCCCCCACAUCUUUUAGAAUGUGGAAAGAUCUCAUGUCACAUUAUUCAGACAUUAAGAAGGACAAAAAGAAGAUGGAUCAUUUCACCUCCCUCUGUGUGGUGUUGUAUGAGUUUCUUAAAGACAUAUCUUUGCCCAAUACUGUAGAUCUCAUAGGAUUGUAUGGCAGAAUGGUGAUAAACAGUUUCACAAUAUUGGACAUGGACAUGAAUUCUAUCGGUACCGGUAUUUAUCUCGCUGCAUCUGUGAUCGACCAUAGCUGUGAGCCCAAUGCAGUUGCCACUUUCGACGGGAAAACCAUAUCUAUAAGAGCGAUAAAAGAUAUGCCUACUUUGGACUGGAGACAGAUACGAAUAACCUACAUAGACCUGAUGAAGACAGCAUACGAGAGGCAGGUUGAGCUGCAAGACAACUACUACUUCCUCUGCCAGUGUGUCAGGUGCAUGGAUGAGCAACUAAUCAAAUAUUGCCAUGCAGCAAAAUGUCUCAACACUAAGUGUGAUAGUCCAGUUCCGGUGUUUUGGAAGAAAGAUAUACAACUUGUUAAGAAACCAGAAAAGGUGAAAGAAAAAGAUGACAAACAAAGCCAUAAUGGUGAAGAAAGAGCAAGCAAUAGUGCUAUAGAAAGAGCAAGCAAUAGUGCUAUAGAAAGAGCAAGCAAUAGUGCUAUAGAAAGAGUAAGCAGUAGUGCUAUAGAAAGAGUAAGCAAUAGCGCAAUAGGACCAAGCAAUACUAAUGGAUAUCAUAAUGGUGUAGAAAAUGAUAGCAAUAACCAUUUUGAGGAUAGUUGUGAAAUUUUGUGGGAUAUUUGUGAGAAAUGUGGUACCAAGUACACAGAACAACGGAAAAGCGCGUUUAAAGAUGCUAUGGAGUACUCAGAAGUACAUCUACAAGACAUGAAAGGAACUUCUGUGGCUUACGUGGACGUUUGUAAAUACUGUCUAGAGAGGCAGGAGGGUGUGCUUCACCCACUGAACGUGUUGCACGCGCAGACGUUGGACCACGCGUUCGACGCGCUCAUACAAGUGCAGCUGUGGGAGCAAGCAUGCGUGUACGCUGAACGACUUAUACCAUGCUUCAGGUUCUACUAUGGCCAGUAUCAUCCUCUACUAGGCAUACUGCACAUGAAGUAUGGCAAAAUUCUACUGUACAAAAUGGAUCACAAUGCAGCUUUGCAGCAGUUCAAACAAGCGCAAAAGAUUUUGAAAAUAACGCACGGAGAGAAACAUAUCUUAUACAGGGAACAUCUUAUGCAAUUAUUUAAUCAAGCAAUCAUAGAAUCGUAAAGCAGUUUUUGUCAAUUACUGUAAAUAUAGGACUAAACACAA